AUGGCAGCCCUCAACACCAAUGUGGAUUUCAGUGAGACUCGUGGUCCGGAGGUCAAUAUCGUUGGGUGGGUGUUUACCGGAGUGGCUAUUGUUGCGGUUUUUCUCAGGCUCUAUGCUCGCGUGAAGAUUGUGAAGAGGGUGGGAUGGGAUGACUUUUUUAUUGUCUUUUCGCUGAUCCUCAGCAUCGUCGCCACAGCCAUGGUCUCCUACUCGGUCACCCUUGGCUUCGGUCGACACACGGCUGCAGUCGUCGCAGAACAUGGAAUGGCACGAACCGUGGUAACCGCCAAAUGGCAGAUUCUGGCAUUUCCAUUCAACAUCGGCUCCUUCAGCUUCCCCAACAUCGCCAUCUCCAUCCUCGUCAGCAACCUCCUGGACCCCAACAUCGCCCGCAAGCGCUUCCUCUACGGCCUAUCCAUCGUGCAGGUCCUCUUCGCCUUAAUCUCUGUCGUCAUCGUCUUCGUGCAGUGCAAUCCGACCCAGAGGCUCUGGAACCCCGCCCUCCACGGCAGCUGCUGGAAUCCCGCCGUGUUCGACGACUUCCAGUACUGGGUGAGUGCGUACACGACGGUGACGGACAUCAUCCUGGCGGUCGUGCCCAUCAGCGCUUUCUGGAAUUUGCAGAUGGCGUACUCGAAGAAGGUGAUUGUCUGCGUCAUGAUGGGGUUGACGUUGAUGUCGGCCGUGGUGACUGUCGUCAAGGCGACGUAUUUGCAUCUGUUUACGGAUAAAGUUGAUCCUCUCUAUAACCUAGUCCCGUUGGUCCUCUGGGGCCUCAUUGAACAAAAUGUCGUCAUCGUGGCAGCCUGCGUCCCCGCCUUCCAUCCCCUCCUCCGCCGGAUCUUCAAAUUGGCCCAAUCCACUUCAGCAAACAGCGGCAGCUCGCGCUCGAAAUCCGCCUUCCCGCUCUCGUCCAGCUCACGCCGCUCCAAUACGAAGACGCUCACUUCCGCAUCGGACCUACCUCUCGAUGACCGCCGCAAGCCGCGAGGAGACGAUACAGAUAGUCUGGGGAGUCGGGAGGGUAUUUGGCAGACGAGGGAGGUGAGGGUGGAGAGCGAUGAGGAUGAGAAUGAUCCUGACACGAGGAGUCUGGAACGGCGGUAUCGGAGUACUGUUCCGGCGAACUUGAGGACGCGGUAG